UGCUGUACAUCUCACUCCUUUUAUUAUUAUUUUAUUAUUUGUUUUUUAGAUUUUUAGAUUUUUUUGUUUUUGAGAGCUUCGAGCACGGAUACGCGCCUGGAUGUGUGUGUGUGGCAGGGUGUGAGUGUGUGUGAGAGGGACAGAGUGUGCGUAUGUGUGUAUAUGUGUGUGGGAGUGGGAGUGUGUGUGUUUUUAUCAGAGCGGAUGAAAAUGAUGCAAAGCGCCGCCGUGGUACCCAGCGCGAGCGCCGUGAAGCCCGACAUGCUCGUCCCACUGCAGCAGGUCCCGGAGUGUGCGGGAUGUAACCAGCGUAUCCUGGAUAAGUUUGUGUGUAAGGUUCAGGAUCUGCACUGGCACUCUACCUGUCUCAGGUGUGCAGAGUGUGAUGAGCUUCUGAGUGACAGGUGUUACUGCCGAGGGGGACACGUCUACUGCAGAGAACACUUCUACACGCGUUUUGGGACGAAGUGUGCAUCGUGUCAGCAGGGCAUCCCGCCUUCUCAGGUGGUGCGUAAAGCGCAGGACUUUGUUUAUCACCUGCACUGUUUUUCGUGCGUGAUGUGCAGCAGACAGCUAGCCACCGGAGACGAGUUUUACCUGAUGGAGGACGGCCGACUCGUCUGCAAGGUCGACUACGAAACCGCAAAACAGAACGAUGACUCAGAGUCGGGAGCGAAGCGGCCUCGCACCACCAUCACGGCCAAACAGUUGGAGACACUGAAGAGUGCGUAUAAAAACUCUCCUAAACCGGCGCGGCACGUCAGAGAGCAGCUGUCCUCCGAGACCGGCCUCGACAUGCGCGUAGUACAGGUCUGGUUCCAGAACAGACGAGCGAAGGAGAAGCGGUUGAAGAAGGACGCAGGACGCCAUCGAUGGGGUCAAUUUUAUAAAAGUGUUAAGCGGAACAGAGGAGCAGCGAAGGUGGAGAAGGAGAGUUCAGCUGAGGACGGAGGGAUCAGUGACAGCGAGCUCAGCUUCAGGGAUGAUCAGAUCCUGUCAGAGCUGGGUCACACUAACGGCCUGUACGAGAGCGUCGGGGACGUUUCCAGCAGCAACGUGAUGAACAGCGGGUUCUCGCUAGAGGCGACGAGUCCUUAUUCGCCCUCGUCCAUCAGCUCGCUGCCGGGACACGCCCACCUACUUGGAGGAGUGGCCUUUAGCAUGGAGGGACUGGCAGGAGCGGCAGGUCAGCCGCUCAGAGCCGUGACCUCUGACCUCUCUACAGGCAGCAGCACUGGAUACCCAGACUUCCCCACAAGCCCCGCCUCCUGGCUGGAUGAGAUGGACCACACCCAAUUCUGAGGUUAAAGGUCAUAUGGCAAAGACAGAAGGAAUAAAAGACAGUCUGGAAUUUUUUUUUUCAGACGUUGUGAUUUUAGUCUAGUGCAGUUCUAGGGUCAAAGGUCAGGAAGUCCAGACAUUAAAAAACCCAGCAACGGACACUAAGAAGUGCACACUUUACUGAAAGGACACUAUUUUGGUUUUAAUAUGUCCUGAUAGUGUUUAUCAACAUUUUUUUCCUUAAGUGUCAGAUCAAUCAUUCCAUCGACAUGUUUUUGGUUAUAUAAAAGUGUGUAUGUGUGUGUGUGUGUGUGUGUGUGUGAAAACAGUGUAUACGCAUACACUAGUUGUCACAUCAUUACAGGGAUGAGAGUCACACACUCGGGCGUGUCCUGUUUCCCGUCCUGUUUUUAAUGCACCCUUGCUGACUUCCCCUUGGUUGAGUCUUACGUUACUUUAUCAACUGGAGUGAAGUGUGUUGUUAGAUGAAGAAUAAAGUCAACACCACUGUAGACUUCAGGAGCACAAAUUACCUACCCAGAAGGCUUUGCUGCAAUCUGACGAUACCUGAAUUUAGCACACUAGCUAAAAGACAUGCUAGCGAGUUAAGAAGCUGAGGAUGUAAAGCGAUCUUCUUAGUGCCUAACUGUUUUCAGUGUUCCUGUUAGUUGCCACGAGUGCAAACUCUUUGGGGGAAGUGUACAAGGACAUGUUAAAAACUGUAUCGGAACAUUCACUCAUAUGGCAUGAAUGCUGUUAGCACUGAAGCUACAAGCUAGCCGGUAGCACUGGACAAUGCAUGAUCCUUAAUAAUGACAAUGUGACAUUUAAGCCUUCUGAUUGGCUACAGGCUUAGAGCUCCGCCCACAUGCCAAUAGGAGAGGAAUUACUGCACAACACAUUCCAUACGUUCACUGUUUUUAUUCUAGUGGAGCAACGGCAGUGGCGAAAGAUUUCACAGUGUGAGUGCACUACCUAGAGCUGGAAAGGUUUUUAUGCCUCUUAAGCUACAGUUAUUGUUACAUUAAUGUCCGAGGAAACGCUCAUAUUACAGCAGCGACAGUUUGGAAACUCUAUUAAUUAUCCUACAAUUAAAAACACUGCAGCGUGGUAGAACAUUUUCAGAACAUCUAAAUUACAGAUCGGAUUGUUAACAGGAUAUUAAUUUCAGGUUCGCGGUAGUGAUGCUUUCGGUCAGUUGUAACACACAGCCCAGUGAAGUACGAUGGACGCGUGGAGAAACUAAACCAACUUAUGGUAGUGCACUCUACCAUGCACCGUUUAAAACCUGACCGCUGAUGGUGUUUUGUUUUUAAUGGGGGUGGGGUGGGGGGAAGGAAGUGUAUUUUCAUGAACAAAACCAUUCAACAGUGUUGUAUUUAUUUAUUUGUAGAAUAAUUAUGAAUAAAUUAAAAGAAAUAUUUCAUUUAAAGUAGUAACUUCACCAUCCGGAUGGAGCGGCAUGAAACAACUUUAUCAUGUGACUUGUGAAAUAUCUGAAGAAUUGAAAAAAGUUUUUACCACAAAAACAUGAUAUUUAGACAGAUAGAAAGAAAUUUGGCUCAUUCAGACAUUAAUAUAAAAAUAUUCUCAAGAAAAUCCAUAUUUAUUUGAGAACAUGUGUCUAUAUUUUUGGAUAAAAUAUUAUUAAUAUGAAUUAAUUCAGCUAGCAAACUGAUCCCGAAAGAAACAAAAAUGAAACAAAAUGAUUUUGCUCUGCAGCCUCUUAAACACGUUGUAAAUUUUGUACAGUUUAAGAAAAUGGUUGAGCGUCUUGUUUUUCCCAAACACUAAGUACUGUCAUGUGUGUAUGAAAACUUCAUGCCUUCUGUACAAACGGUCUGAUAUGUGCAGUCGAAUCUAUACGCGCAAAUAAAGCUGGAUC